GCUGCAAUGUAUACAACGAGGCUUCAGACGUGGGACCUGGAAUAAGUGGGUGGAUAACGCGGGACACUUUUCUCUGUCUAAUUUAUCGAUUGAGCGCUAUAUUUUUGACCUUUUGAGUGUGCGUUUUCCCCAUAGUGAGGUGUGGCAUUUUUUUAUUUUAUUGAGGGAUUUUCUAAAGGAGUACACUUUGACUAGUCAGGUCAAGAUGGCCCAGUGGAACCAGUUGCAGCAGCUGGAGACCAGGUAUCUGGAGCAGCUCUAUCACCUGUACAGCGACAGCUUCCCAAUGGAGCUUCGGCAGUUCCUCGCCCCUUGGAUCGAAAGCCAGGACUGGGCUUACGCUGCCAACCAGGAGUCGCACGCCACUUUGGUGUUCCACAACCUCCUUGGCGAGAUAGACCAGCAGUACAGCCGCUUCCUGCAGGAGGGCAACGUCCUCUACCAGCACAACCUACGACGGAUCAAGCAGCACCAGCAGAGCAAGUACUUGGAGAAGCCCAUGGAGAUCGCCCGCAUCGUCGCCCGCUGCCUGUGGGAGGAGCAACGGCUGCUGCAGACCGCCGCUGCCGCCGCCGCACAGGACGGACAGGCCGCCCACCCUACAGGGACUGUGGUGACCGAGAAGCAGCAGAUUCUGGAGCACAAUCUUCAAGACAUCAGGAAACGAGUGCAGGACAUGGAACAGAAGAUGAAGAUGCUGGAGAACCUGCAGGACGACUUUGAUUUCAAUUACAAGACGCUGAAAAGCCAAGGAGAGUUGUCCCAAGACCUGAACGGCAAUAGCCAGGCGGCGGCCACCAGGCAGAGGAUGGCUCAGCUGGAGCAGAUGCUGAGCACCCUGGACCAGCUCAGGAGGCAAAUUGUGACGGAGAUUGGAGGCUUACUCACCGCCAUGGAUUAUGUCCAGAAGAACCUAACAGAUGAAGAACUGGCCGACUGGAAGCGACGGCAGCAAAUCGCCUGCAUCGGGGGUCCGCCUAACAUCUGCCUGGACCGCCUAGAAACAUGGAUAACGUCCUUGGCCGAGUCCCAACUCCAGAUUCGUCAGCAGAUCAAGAAGCUGGAGGAGCUCCAGCAGAAGGUGUCUUACAAAGGGGACCCCAUCAUCCAGCACCGGCCCGCCCUGGAGGAGAAGAUAGUGGACUUGUUCCGAAACCUCAUGAAGAGUGCGUUUGUAGUGGAAAGACAGCCGUGUAUGCCAAUGCACCCGGACAGACCGCUGGUCAUCAAAACGGGCGUGCAGUUCACCAAUAAAGUCCGGCUACUGGUGAAAUUCCCUGAACUCAAUUACCAGCUGAAAAUCAAAGUUUGCAUUGACAAGGAGUCUGGAGAUGUGGCUGCAAUCCGAGGGUCACGGAAGUUCAACAUCCUCGGCACCAACACCAAAGUCAUGAACAUGGAAGAGUCCAACAACGGCAGCCUGUCGGCGGAGUUUAAGCACUUGACCCUCAGAGAGCAGCGGUGCGGCAACGGCGGACGCACCAGCAGUGACGCCUCCCUUAUUGUCACAGAGGAGCUCCAUCUCAUCACAUUUGAGACCGAAGUCUAUCACCAGGGUCUGAAGAUCGACCUGGAGACUCAUUCACUGCCGGUGGUGGUCAUUUCAAACAUCUGCCAGAUGCCCAACGCCUGGGCGUCCAUCCUGUGGUACAACAUGCUCACCGACCAGCCUAAGAAUGUGAACUUCUUCACGAAGCCUCCAGUAGGGACGUGGGACCAGGUAGCCGAGGUGCUCAGCUGGCAGUUCUCGUCCACCACCAAGAGAGGACUGACCAUCGAGCAGCUCACCACACUGGCUGAGAAACUGUUAGGACCGUCGGUCAACUAUUCCGGCUGUCAGUUCACCUGGGCCAAGUUCUGCAAGGAGAACAUGGCUGGCAAAGGCUUUUCAUUCUGGGUGUGGCUAGACAACAUCAUCGACCUGGUCAAGAAGUACAUCCUGGCGCUGUGGAACGAGGGGUACAUCAUGGGCUUCAUCAGCAAAGAGAGAGAGAGGACCAUCCUCAGCCCCAAACCUCCCGGCACCUUCCUGCUGCGCUUCAGCGAGAGCAGCAAGGAGGGCGGCAUCACGUUCACGUGGGUGGAGAAGGACAUCAACGGGAAGACUCAGAUCCAGUCGGUGGAGCCCUACACCAAGCAGCAGCUCAACAACAUGUCGUUCGCCGACAUCAUCAUGGGCUACAAAAUCAUGGACGCCACCAACAUCCUGGUUUCGCCCCUGGUCUACCUCUAUCCAGAAAUCCCCAAGGAGGACGCCUUUGGGAAGUACUGCAGGCCGGAGACGGCUCCUGAACCCGAGAUGCCAGGCGACUCUACAAACACUACUCAGCCGUACUUGAAGACAAAGUUCAUCUGCGUCACCCCGUGUCCCUCCGUGUUCAUGGACUUUCCGGACAGUGAGCUGCUUGGGAACGGAUUCCCAGGCACAAACUCCGGGAACACCAGCGACCUUUUCUCGCUCUCGCUCUCCCCGCGCACUCUGGAGUCGCUCAUGCCCAACGAAGCCGAGGCUAAUCCAGGACAUCUGGAUUCUCUGACUCUGGACAUGGACGUGGCGUCUCCAAUGUGAGGACAUCUUUCCUCUUGGACACUUAAGUGACAGGAAGACAAUUGACAGGUUCUUGUAUGUACGUCCACGUCACUCGUUCUGUGGUUAUCAUCACUUUCCACUUAACAUGUCCAUACAUUUAUGACAGAAUGUGUGUGUGUGUGUGUGUUUUCUGGUAUUACUACCCUUCUUGAGACAUCAACAAGGAAAAGUACCGUCCAUAUGAGGACCGGAGGUCUCAAGAAGGUAACAAAUACAAGAGUGUGUGUAUGUUCUGGUAUUUCUAUCCUUCUUGAGCAGGGGUGGGCAAUUCAUUUUUACCGGGGGGCCACACCGACAAUAUUUCAAUACAAUUUUGCUCAAAUUAUUUUUGAUACGCCGUAAGAUAAAUAAUAAUAAUAAUAAUUUCAUUUAACCUAACUUAACUUUAUACAAAAGCAGAUUGCUUUUGAUGGUUUUAUUUUGAACCCGGUCUUACACAACAACUUCCUGAUGUAUAAUACAAUGCAAAAAUGUCCAUUUCUGUCACUUUAUCCUGCAUCCUCUUUAAAAGUCCAACAUUUUUUCCCCCGUCAGAUUCGGACAACCAUCUGUCGUCACACCUGCCAGCUUGUCCCAUUUCAGUCCCUACAUGUCCAAACACGCAUUCACCUAUGUCAGGGAUGUCCAAAGUGCGGCCCGGGGGCCAUUUGCGGCCCGCAGGUGAUUUUUUUAACGUUCUAAAAAACAUAAAAAGUGGUAUAAAAGAGUAAACUGGUGACAAUAAAAUGUUGCUAUGUUGACUCUAAUAACACUAAGCUGUCAUGCAGGCUGUUUCUUUCUUUAAAACAUAAUAAUGAAUCAAAAACAAUGUUAUUAUGAAUUAUUGACCUAUUCAAGGGUCCAAUUAGGUCACAUUAAAUAUUCCACUUUGAGAUGUUUUUUGGGGAAAAUGUUGCAUAUUUUGUGUUUGACAUAUAAAAAACUGUUUUUUGUUUUUUUAAAGAAGGGCCUAAAAUGAACAAACAAGGAACAUAAUAAACAACAAUACAAGUUAUAAUUGAUAGAUCUGACGUUGAUCUCGAGACUAUUGUGUUAACAGUUUUUAAAAAAAUGACGAUUUAUUUUUUAACACUUUACUGAGCGAUCCCCAAUAAUUUUAGUGGGACUUUUUUUUUUUUUUUUUUUAAGUGUCAUUGCUCAAAAAAUAAUAAUAAAUUAAAAUCAAUGUUGUUAUGAGUUAUGUUAUGAGCUCCAAUUAUUAUAUCAUCUGAAAUGUUCCACUUUAAAAUUUUAUUGGGGGAAAAUAUUUCAUAUUUUGUGUUUUUUCCAUAAAAAAAAUGGGUUUUCUUUGACAAAAAGGGCAUACAACUUAAAUCUAAAAAAAAAAAAAAAACUUUAUAUUGACAUAUAUACCUAAUGUUGAUCUAGAUAUUUAAACUUUGAAUAAUAAUAAUAAUACUAAAUAAUGACAUUUUUUUUAACCUAAACAUUUUGGAGUCCCCGGUAUCAAGCCUGAGUGGAAGCCUAAAUGUAUAUUUUUUAUACAUAUAUCGUAUUGGUUUUUAAAAUAAAAAAUAUCAAAAUGGCCCCCGCUUGCUUUGAUUUUUCAGUGUGCGGCCCUCAGUGGAAAAAGUUUGGACACCUGACCUAUGUGAACAAGUCAUUACCUGUGGUUGCAGCUUUUAAUUGACCGCAUGGCUGCCAGCUACUCCGAGAUUUGAAAGUCUGCAGUUAUCCCACGUAAAAAGAUGAGCAGCUCGGCGGUGUCACGUACAUCGCAGCUCUCAUCCAAAGCCAGCGAAAAACAGUCAAAGUCGGCCGUUCUUGUUCUUCAGCUGACGCUCCAAAGUUUCCAGCGAUGGUCUCAACCCGCCUCGUUACAGUGCGUCGGGAGAGUGACACGUUCUCAAACGCGCCCCUCUUCUCCGGGCUUAUCAGCGCAACAGAGUCCAAUAAGCACUCCUUAAUAAACUCUCCGUCAGAAAACGCCUUACUUUUUCUGGCAAUUUUGUGAGAAAUGACGUGUAGUGGCGAUUCAAAUGAUAUUCUUUAAGCACAGCAACCCGUGUACCACAAAUUAAGCACACGGCUUUACCUUUAAUUUCUGUAAAGAAAUACUUGGCAGUCCAUGUCUUGUUGAAAACACACCAUUCGUCAUCAACUUUUCUCUUUUUAGCAUCUCGGGUGUAAACAGGGUAUCCCUUGUCGCUGUGCACCUUCACUCACAGGUUACACCCGGACAUACGCCCAUAAAUAACACUUUUCAAAAUAAAAGCAGCACAGUUGUAUUGCACGCAUGACAUAGAUGUUUUUUUUUAAAUGUAUUUUGUCAUUUGUGAUUGCCGCUGUUCACAUUCACUCACAAUCGCGCACGAGCAUACGUCCACACGGAAGUAAUACAAAUAACGCUUUUCAAAACAAAAGCAGCACCGUUGUAUUUCACACUCGACAUAGAUACUUUUUAAAAAAUUUAUUUUGUAAUUUACGAUUGGCCGCAGAAUGCCCAGGUCUGUUCUUGAGACAUCAACAAGGAAAAGUACCUUCCAUGUAAGUCUCAAGAAGGUAACUAAUACAAGUGUGUGUGUGUGUGUGUGUGUUCUUGUAUUUCUACUCUUCUUGAGACAUCAACAAGGAAAAGUACCGUCCAUAUGAGGACCGGUGGUGUCAAGAAGGUAACAAAUACAAGAUUGGGUGUGUGUGUUCUUGUAUUUCUAUCCUUCUUGAGACGUCAACAUGGCAAAGUACCUUCCAUGUGAGUACUGGAGGGCUCAAGAAGGUAACAAAUACAAGAGCAUGUGUGUUUGUGUGUGUGUUCUUGUAUUUCUACUCUUCUUGAGCCAUCAACUAGGAAAAGUACCUUCCAUAUGAGGACCGGAGGUCUCAAGAAGGUAAUGAAUACAAGUGUGUGUGUGUGUGUGUUCUUGUAUUUCUAUCCUUCUUGAGACAUCAACAUGGCCAAGUACCUUCCAUGUGAGUACUGUAGGUCUCAAGAAGGUAACAAAUACAAGUGUGUGUGUGUGUGUUCUUGUAUUUCUACUCUUCUUGAGACAUCAACAAGGAAAAGUACCUUCCAUAUGAAGACCUAAGGUCUCAAGAAGGUAACAAAUACAACAGUGUGUUCUUGUGUUUCUACCCUUCUUGAGACACCAACAAGGAAAAGUACCGUCCAUAUGAGAACCGGUGGUGUCAAGAAAGUAACAAAUACAAGAUUGUGUGUGUGUGUGUGUGUGUGUGUGUGUUCUUGUAUUUAUACCCUUCUUGAGACGUCAACAUGGCAAAGUGCCUUCCAUGUGAGUACCGGAGGUCUCAAGAAGGUAACAAAUACAAGAGUGUGUAUGUGUGUGUGUUCUUGUAUUCCACCUUACUUGAGACAUCAACCAGGAAAAGUGCAGGAGGUCUCAAGAAGGUAACAAAUACAAGAAUGUGUGUGUGUUCUUGUAUUUCCACCCUUCUUGAGACAUCAACAAGGAAAAGUAGUUAGGACACAAAUCAUGGUCCCAUUAUGGAAAACCAUUGCAUCUAAUAGAGAAUGUCUCAUUUGCACCCCCUGGUGGUGAAAUCUAUCACAAUUAGGGUGGUCCCAAAAAUGAGGGAUUUUUUAAAUUGACUGUGUGUCGGUUUUAAAAGUGCUCCCCCUCUGGUCAACAUAUGAAAUAACAAGUAUUUGUAAAAAAAUUUGAAAUGCUCUCCCUCUGGCCAACAUAUGAAAUAACAAGUGUGUGUAAGAAAUAGAAAUGCGCCCCUAAAAUAUUUUUUUAAAAAUAAUAAAUAUGUAUGUAGACAUACUAUAAUAACUUGAAGUAAAUAAUUAAGAUUAAAAACAAAUUACAGACAAAAAAUUCUUACCAAGCUUACCAUUUUUAUAUAUUUGCAUAGCAUGUGUAUAUUAUUACUGUUGUAAAUACAAAUCUUUAUAUAUAUCUAGAAAGUGUGGUCCUAAAGAGGUAGGCAUUUUUCGGAGGUCUCAAGAAGGUAAGAAAUCCAAGAGUGUGUGUGUGUUGCUAUUCAUUGUCAAAAGCAAGAUAUAUAUAGUUGUACUAUAAACUAUGAAUGUAUUGUUGUGUGUGUCACACACUUUUAAUCCCUGCCAGAUGGAAUAUUGCAGUGUUACCACAAUAUGAGUAGUCCAGCACUAUAAAAGCCAACAUGUACAUACUGUAAGUUCUCCAUUGGACUUCAUGAAUAUUACUCUUUUCUCCUUGUUUGAGUACAAAAUGAACCUGUAACAUGUUUACUUAUUUGUAGUAUGGCCUGGAUUUAUUCUAAUCAUUAUUUUUGGAUGAUUUUGGAACUGAUUCAGAGCAAAUCGGGAUGGGAUACAAAUGUAUUUUUUCCCCAAAUGACUGCGAGGCGCAGAGGAGGCACUGCCAUGUUUGGAAAUGGUUUUAUUUACAAAAGAAACAUGCUGUGACUAUUCAUUAUUUUUUGGCAAUAAAAGAAAUUCACUC